CUCCGCCCUCCCGGUUGCCCCGCCUCCCCGCUUCCCCGCCCCAGCCGGCCCGGUGGCCCCGGCCCCCUCGCGGAGACCCUCGGAAGCCCCGCGAACAUGGCGCUGCGAGUGGCCGGGAGCGUGCGCGCCGCGGCCCGCAGCCUGCGCGCAGCCUCGGUGCCCUCCCCCCCCUGCCCGAUUCGGCCCUGGAGGCUGCGGGCGGGCGCAGUGCGGCCGCUGCACACCGGACCGAGUCUGCUCGCGGUGCGUAAAUUCACAGAGAAACACGAAUGGAUAACAGCAGAAAAUGGUAUUGGAACAGUGGGAAUCAGCAACUUUGCACAGGAAGCUUUGGGAGAUGUGGUUUACUGUAGUCUACCGGAAGUCGGGACAAAACUGAAAAAGCAUGGCUGGCUGAUCAAGAUGACCGUGAGUGACCCUUCAGAGCUAGAUGAGCUCAUGAGCGAAGAAGCAUAUGAGAAAUACGUGAAAUCGAUUGAGGAGUGAAGUUGCACCCGGAAGAAACUAGUGUGAAGUGACUUCUUCAGCGGAGUUGUCUGCAGUGAGUAGCAGACAAAGACCUGAGAUAACAACUUUUAGCAGUACUAUAAUGAUGGAAAAGAAACCACUCUCAUCGCUGCUCCUGGACGAAAAUACCCACUAACUCCCUAGUGAUUGCAGAACACAAUGUGCAUCUUUUUAUAUAUGCCUUAUGAUUUUUAGACUAGGUUGUAGGUUCUGAUAUUCAGAAUUCAUUAAAUUAUCCAUGGUAAAAACUAGUUAUAAGAAUUAUGCAAUUCAAGGAUAACACUGUUACCAUAAUAUUAUAACUUGCUUGUUAUAAUGUAAUAUUAUAACUUGCUUACAUUUCUUCCUGGACUUGGUCGAAAUACUUAAAGAACAUGUGUCACUUGUAUAAUGUCAGAUGAAGAACGACACUUUCUUAAUUUUAUAAUAGACUGCAUCGCCUGGAGCUGUUUUUAUACAGUGAAGCAACAGCUUUGCAGCACAAUAAGAAACAAAUAAAAUAUUCAACCUUAA